AUGGGCAGUAACAUCUCCUGUUCACGAAAUAUUCAGGAAGCUGAGAUUGUUCCAGACUCUUGUGAGCCCUUGACCGCUUCCCAAAAGAAUGAUGGAUGUGCAGAGCUAGGUCACCUCCUUGCAUAUGAAUACCCUUUUGAGAACUUGGUGUUUGAAGGUGGUGGAAAUAAAGGAGUAGCCUACUGUGGGUCAUUAAUGGUGUUGAAUAAUCUUGGUAUUCUUCAUCAAGUUAAGAGAUUGUCUGGUGCCAGUGCUGGUGCAAUGUUAGCUGCUCUUAUCAGCGUGUACAAGAGAUAUGGAAAGGAACUGUGUGUUGUGGUGACCAAUGUGAAUCAUAUGGCUGUAGAAUAUUGCCAUCCAAAGACAACACCCCACAUGCCAGUUCGCCUAUCUCUUCGCAUGUCUAUAUCGAUCCCAGGGAUGUUCACCCCACCACGUUAUGGCAUUGGGAAAGAUCCAGCAUAUCCUGAAAUCAUAAAAAUGGGUACUCUCUCUCUCUUUCUCUCUCUCUCUCUCUCUCUCUCUCUGUUGCAAUUUUGGCUAAUCCUCAUUGCCAAAAUGUAA